AUGGCGGUGCAGUGGAGUUUUGGAAAUUGUACAAAUAAAUCUGAUCGAUAUUUCACGAAGGAACAACCUGAUCCCCCCGUUCAAAUCUUGAAGCUGUAUUCAGAGGCGUUUAUUACUUUGCGCGAAGGAGAAUUGCCUGCUCAGCAGACAGUUCGUUCUAACCUCUCUGGCUUUAUCUCUGAAUGGCAGCAAAAGACCUGUAGAAAGCUGCCGGAUACAGUGAGGAAGGAUCUCUAUAAUAUGAUGACCAUGAUUACGUACAUGAGCGCGCCAGAUUUCAAGAUGCAUUCUCACUCUCGUUAUUCUCCGGUUCUGGUGCGAGAGCAGGUGCAAUUGUUGAAUCAAGUUCUUAUAGAGAUACCAAUGAGUGUCUCUACUAUAGAUCCAGAGUUCCUCAAAGGCUAUCGCUAUAAUGAUGAGGCUGUCCUUCCCAAAAACUGGAUACCAGAGCAAGAAAUACUUGGAAAAAAUUUCAUAUUCUAUGUUAUGGUUACAGGAAUCGCAGACAAGGCAUUCAGGGGUAUCCGCACAACCGACGAGUUAUUGGAUAAAAGACCACCGAAAGGAAGAGAAUCAUGGACCCUUGAAUGGGAAGCGCACGUACAGACCCUACCAGUGCUUCGCAUGGUGACUACUGAUGGACCACACCCCACCCCAAAUGCUUCCCGAGCGGCGAGGACCCAAGCACUGGAUCAUCAGAACCCUGACACCUUCCUUAAGUAUCAAUCCAAAUUCAAGCGUGUUGACGUCCAGGCCAGCUUCUGGAACCUAAAGCCAGACUAUGAAUGUCUGGAAAUGGAAGAAAGUAUGGCUCACCAUCGCGACACUAAUGUUCCGCAACGUCUUGAUGCUGCCGCCAUUGCACAGAUUGAGAAUGAUGAUGAAAUGAAAGAGAUCUACCACAGGAUUGAUGAGAUUACCCAACAAAUCGGAGGAAAGCCUGCCGAGCACAAAGAAUUAGCACGUGAGAGGGAAAAGCUCUACACAAAAGCAGCUAAGAAGCGCCGUGCCAAGAAGGCUGAGUUCAUUGACAACUGGUGGAGAUCUUCUUACGAUGAAUAUAUUACAGGGAAUGAGUUUGGCGAACAGGAUCCAACGUGCCUCUUUGACAUCUACCGCAAGUAUAUGCCUGAGAGAGCUCGUUUACGCGACAACCUCUUCACCAAAGCCUCUAUUGGUAGUAAGAUUGGAAGACAGUGUUUACAGGAUAUGGUGAAUAUCUGCGUCUCCAAAGAGAGAGUGGCAUAUUAUCCUGGUGAAUGGCCAGUUGAUGGGAGAUGUCCACAGCUCUAUACGAAUGGCAAGAGAGCGCAUCGACGAGCGAAGCGAUCUUUUCUUGAAUGGUGCUACUUAUGCGCCAAAUGGUCCGAUACAGAGGAUGCUUGGACUGAGCACUGCCGAUUCCAUUUGGACAGUCUACAACCUCGGUGUGGACUAUUGAGGUUCCGCUUCACACUUGUUGCUCCUGGGUUCUGUCCUUUCUGCUUGGGUGACCAUACUAAAACGCCCGCGGAACGAUUCCAACAAUGGCGGGAGAAAUCUACACUGAUAAACCACAUCGGCAAUAAACAUUUAGCUGGCAGAGGAAAGGAGGAGACUAUUCAAUGCCCUCAUCCCUGCUGCAAGAACAGGUUUUACAACGGUACCUUGCUCCUACAACGACAUUUUUUUGACGCCCAUUCUAUUGAAGAACCUCGUCGAAACUGUGUAUCUCGGAAGAGGAAGUGGGUUUGCGAGCUUGAGGCUUGCAAUGAGCCAUCUCCAAAGAGGGCAGCUUUGGAUGAAGAAUGUGACGAAGCCUCUUAA